CGGACACCGCGCGGAAGGCGAGCCAACGCCACACCUGUGGAGCCGGCGGCCGUCAGGGGUGCCGGCCGGGAUCCCUCUGUGUGCGUGCUCGGGGCAGCGAGCCGCCCGGGCCCCGGGGGAGGCGCGCCCCUCGGCUGGGCGCUGAGGACACCAUGGGGCUCCCUGCGCUCGAGUUCAGUGACUGCUGCCUCGACAGCCCGCACUUCCGAGAGACACUCAAGUCGCACGAAGCGGAGCUGGACAAGACCAACAAAUUCAUCAAGGAACUCAUCAAGGACGGGAAGUCACUCAUCAGCGCGCUCAAGAAUUUAUCUUCAGCCAAGCGGAAAUUUGCAGAUUCCUUAAAUGAAUUUAAAUUUCAGUGCAUAGGAGAUGCGGAAACAGAUGAUGAAAUGUGUAUAGCAAGGUCUUUGCAGGAGUUUGCCACUGUCCUCAGGAAUCUUGAAGAUGAACGGAUACGGAUGAUUGAGAAUGCCAGUGAGGUGCUCAUCACUCCCUUAGAGAAGUUUCGAAAGGAGCAGAUUGGGGCUGCCAAGGAAGCCAAAAAGAAGUAUGACAAGGAGACAGAGAAGUAUUGUGGCAUCUUAGAAAAACACUUGAAUUUGUCCUCCAAAAAGAAAGAAUCUCAGCUUCAGGAGGCAGACAGCCAAGUGGACCUGGUCCGGCAGCAUUUCUACGAAGUGUCUCUGGAGUAUGUCUUCAAAGUCCAGGAAGUCCAGGAGAGAAAGAUGUUUGAGUUUGUGGAGCCUCUACUGGCCUUCUUGCAAGGACUCUUCACUUUCUAUCACCACGGUUAUGAAUUGGCCAAGGAUUUCGGUGACUUCAAGAUGCAGUUGACCAUUAGCAUACAGAACACAAGAAAUCGCUUCGAAGGCACCAGGUCAGAAGUGGAAUCACUGAUGAAAAAGAUGAAGGAGAAUCCCCUUGAGCACAAGACUGUCAGUCCCUAUACCAUGGAAGGGUACCUUUAUGUUCAGGAGAAACGUCACUUUGGAACUUCUUGGGUGAAGCACUACUGUACAUAUCAACGGGAUUCCAAACAAAUCACCAUGGUACCGUUUGACCAAAAGUCAGGAGGAAAGGGGGGAGAAGAUGAAUCAGUCACCCUCAAAUCCUGCACGCGACGGAAAACAGACUCUAUUGAGAAGAGGUUUUGCUUUGACGUAGAAGCAGUAGACAGGCCAGGGGUUAUCACCAUGCAGGCAUUGUCGGAAGAGGACCGGAGGCUCUGGAUGGAAGCCAUGGAUGGCCGGGAGCCUGUCUACAACUCGAACAAAGACAGUCAGAGUGAAGGGACUGCACAGUUGGACAGCAUUGGAUUCAGCAUAAUCAGGAAAUGCAUCCACGCUGUGGAAACCAGAGGGAUCAAUGAGCAAGGACUCUAUCGAAUUGUGGGGGUCAACUCCAGAGUGCAGAAGUUGCUGAGUGUCCUGAUGGACCCCAAGACAGCUUCUGAAACAGAAACGGAUAUCUGUGCCGAAUGGGAGAUAAAGACCAUCACAAGUGCUCUGAAGACCUACCUAAGAAUGCUUCCAGGACCACUCAUGAUGUACCAAUUUCAAAGAAGUUUCAUCAAAGCAGCAAAGCUGGAGAACCAGGAGUCUCGGGUCUCUGAAAUCCACAGCCUUGUUCAUCGGCUCCCAGAGAAAAAUCGGCAGAUGUUACAGCUGCUCAUGAACCACUUGGCAAAUGUUGCUAAUAACCACAAGCAGAAUUUGAUGACCGUGGCAAACCUUGGCGUGGUGUUUGGACCCACCCUGCUGCGACCUCAGGAAGAAACAGUAGCAGCCAUCAUGGAUAUCAAAUUCCAGAACAUAGUCAUUGAGAUCCUAAUAGAAAAUCACGAAAAGAUAUUUAACACCGUGCCUGACACGCCUCUCACCAAUGCCCAGCUGCACCUGUCCCGGAAGAAGAGCAGUGACUCCAAGCCCCCGUCCUGCAGCGAGAGGCCCCUGACGCUCUUCCAUGCUGUGCAGUCAACAGAGAAACAGGAUCAAAGGAACAGCAUCAUCAAUUCCAGUCUAGAAUCUGUUGUCUCGUCAAAUGCAAAUAGCAUCCUUAAUUCCAGUAGCAGUCUACAGCCCAACAUGAAUUCCAGUGACCCAGACCUGGAUGUGCUCAAACCCACCCGGCCCAACUCACUCCCCCCGAAUCCAAGCCCAACUUCACCCCUCUCGCCAUCAUGGCCCAUGUUCUCGGCGCCAUCCAGCCCUAUGCCCACCUCAUCCACGUCCAGCGACUCAUCCCCUGUCAGGUCUGUUGCAGGGUUUGUUUGGUUUUCUGUUGCUGCUGUUCUCUCAUUUGCUUGGUCCUCUCUUCAUGCAGUGUUCAGCUUCCUCGUCAACUUUGUUCCCUGCCAUCCAACCCUGAACUUGCUUUUUGACAGGCCAGAAGAAGAGGUUCGCGAAGACUCCAGCACACCAUUCCGGAAGGCGAAAGCCUUGUAUGCCUGCAAAGCUGAACAUGACUCAGAACUCUCAUUCACAGCAGGCACUGUCUUCGAUAAUGUUCAUCCGUCUCAGGAGCCUGGCUGGUUGGAGGGGACUCUGAACGGAAAGACUGGCCUCAUCCCUGAGAACUACGUGGAGUUCCUCUAACUGCGGGCCCCAGCAGAACUGCUGAGCUUUACAUGGUAUCCAUGACAACUGCUGAUUCCAGUGUUGUAGACCAUUUCUCUUUGCCACUGAGAAAUGCAGGGGACAGACUCUGUUGAUACGUGUCAACAUGAAUGUUUCUGCAAACUCUGGUGUAACAAUCCCCAUGAUCAUCUCAGCUGAUGCGCAGCGAUACUGCGAGAAACAGAAGUAAAUUGGCAGAGGAAGCCAUUUGAUUUUGAUAACCGAGAGAAAGGCUUGCAAAGCUGUUUUCUCAUGAGCACCCUAAAUAGGGAGCACUCAUUUUGUUUCAACAGUUAUCUUAACCCCAACCUUCUGAAAGAGGAAGUAAGGUAGUAGUAGUCCCUGAGAACACACAGCAUGGCCAAGUCUGACAGGUGGGCAAAGAAGUUGACUGGGUUUCAGGCUGGAUCCAUUGUUUUUGUUUACAGUAGACACUCUCUCUACUCCACCUCUAAAUACUUGAGGCCCACAUUGCUCAGGCAGCUGGGUCUGUUUGUUUGCAUGCAGGAGGUAGAAGGGUCACGGCACUGUUUACAUAAGAUCCAAUCUCUCACCAUCUCUGAAGCAGCCGUUGGCCCAUCAGCAGCAGAAUUCAGCCCAGUCCUCUCAUGCAAGGGAACACGCACACCCCACAGUCCCCCCCCCUCCCCUGCCCCAAGCAAAGAACUUCUCUGCCACUGAGGGUUGCCAUCACUAGUAACCAUGGCAACCCAACCUACUCGAAAACCAAACCAAAAAAUAACGCUCUCUUUACAUGACGUGUUUUGUUUUGUUUUUUUUCUCCCCCUUUUUGGUAGUUUUUUGAGUGGAUUUCCAACAACUUGUAGCAGAAAAGCAAGAAAUUUAGAGUGGUCUACUUGGGGCAGACAGAAUAGCAGCUGGUAACUGUCCCCUUUCUGAUGAAUUUCAGAAGCGUCAGGAUAGAUUUGAAGCAAACUCUAGUAACCUCUUGAGAUUAAAUUACAUACAGGCUUAAUAUCUGUGUCCCUCCCUGCAACUGGUGUUUGCUUCUAGCAGGACAAGAUGCUGCCUCCCAAUAGAUCCCUGUGUCUCACUGGUUCCUUCUUGUCCUCCCCUUCCUGCCCCUGCCUUGGCCUGCCUCUAGCCCAUCCCUUAUGCUCUCCCUUGCAGUGCUCUGGGGUGCUGUGCCCUGUUGGUCUUCAGGGAUGAGUCUCUGGCUAAUCUUGUGGCUCAUAGUUGAAGGUGACAUAUGUGUUCACUGCCACUCAGAAAAGGGAAAUUGUUUCUCAAGCUAUAGAGGCACAAGACUAAUAUCAUAGGCCAUUGUGAUUCAAGAGGACACCAGAAGGUUGGUCAAGAAGAGGCUGGGUCUUGUGGGCAUUUGUCGAAGACUGCCUUGUGUGGGAAAGUAAGGCUUGGACAUUUCAAAUUCACUUAACCUCCAAAGAACAGAGUCACCAGUCUCUUCUUUGAAUCUCUUGAAUCUCCUUGCAAGAGUGACUCUGAGCAGACUACAAACUGGUGGACUCACAAGCUCUCCAGUAUCCCCUCGGGAUGACAGCAUUGCUCCAGAGAGUGUUUCCUGUUUCUGGAAUUCUUAUUUUGGGAACUUAAAUAAGAAAAGAAAAACUUGAAUUGUGUUAAAUUACUGUAUCUUUUACUUUUUUUUUUCUUUUGGACAGAUAAACUUGUAAAUAGAGUGAUUUGAAAUACUAUAUGGCAAAGUUUUAUAUUUGAUAUUCUUUAAGCUAGUUGCUCCACACAUUUAAGCUUUGAUUGCUAACAGUUGUGUCUAGAGAGGGAGAGAAGAGGCAAAUUUGAAUUCAGUCAAGGCUCUCUACCCUCUGGCCUUGAGGAAGAAGGUAUUUAUACGUGCUCUCCGUUGGCUCUUGUUCAUGGGCAUGACAAAUUGAUGUUGUUCAGUCUUUUUUAUCCAGAUGUUUUUCUGACCAUUUCUGGGGCUUUGGAUUUGGAAUGAGAUGGAAACAGAACCUUCAGGCAGUGAAUUUUUCAAAGAACUCCCACUUAACUAGUAAAGCAAAGCUCAGGAUUUAAAUAGGGAGGGCCAGGGGCUAGAUAUUUUUAGUUUUUCUUCUCAGGUAUAUUUCUUGGUAUCUCCCGGGUAUCAGGACAGAAGGAAAUGGGACAUUUGCUGUGCUCCUUACAUCUUUUCUCCACAUCUUCUAAGGCUUUAUAAAUGAGGCCAAGCUAGUUUGCAAAUUUAGUAUGUGUCUAAAUUCUGAGAAAAACUGGCUUCUUAGGAUCUUUGGUUCUUGAGGAGCUGCUGCUUCCCCUUGCCCUAAACAUUUUUAUGCCCUUCCCUUUCAUCUCCAGGUUCCUUGUAACCCCAAAAUGAAAGAAAGACUCCAAAGAAGGAUGAAGAUUGUGAUGUUAUAGCUUUAUAGAUGACUUGAAAGUUAGUAGGAGUUAACUGCUUUGAUUCACUCAAGGAUGAUAGAAACUCACCCAGGAGCAAGCUAGACACUAGCAUUGAAUCAAGGGACAAGAAUUAAGAAGGGAUAAGAACAAGAUGAGACUCGAGAAAACUGCUUUUGAAAACCCAAGAAAAAGAGAAUAUACUAACAGGCAAAAUCUGUUUCCCAUGGACUUUGAACAGCUUGGGAAAUGGGACCUGACAGGGCAAGUCCACUCAUAUUCCAUUGACUUUCCAAAUAGGAAGAGCCCAGGAUAAUGCUUUUGGCACACUUGGCAUUUUAAAAUUGUCACUUGCCCCAUCAGAACAUUAACUGGAGCAAAUGUGGAGGAUCAGAGAGCCAACCCUGGCUUUGGGAGUUUCCUCGCUGAAGCCUACUAGCUACAGUAUCUACAAGUGUCUACGCCUGGCCCAGCUGGCACUGUUGUUCCUCCUUCCUCAGUUGGUCCUGGUUUGAAACCAGGGGGAAACAGAACUGCUGCCAAUGGGAUUUUUUGGGUAAACCCCUUCCCAGCUUCCCUGAGGCCAUGCUGGGCCCAUGACAGAUGGCUACUCUGAUUCCCUUUCCACAGCCAGGUUUCCCUCCUCCCCGUUAGCUACAGAACUGGAGAAACUGUUGAGAAUAUGAGCCAACAAGUCAGAGGAAUUUAAAGACUGAAAAUAGAUUUUUAAUCUCUCUGCCACUCAUACUCCAAUCCCUAACUCUCUCUGCUUGAAUAAGGAACUUUAAGACAGAUUGGAGAAAUGAACUGGAUAUCAGAGUAGAAGACCAUUGACCAGGAUCCUUGAUCUUCACCAGGAGCCUCAGUUUCCUUUGUAAGUCCCUGGGAUUAGUUAAGCAUAGCCUGAAUCUUAGGGGGGUAUUAAGAUCAGUCUCUCACUUCUCCCUCAGGUACUCCCAGAAUUCUGUAGCUAAAGAAUGCCAUGCCAUGAGAAGAUAACUAGUUUCAAAUCCCUGCCCCCAGGCAAGUAAAUUCCUGACUUGUUCUAAGAUAAAUGAUAUUCUCUCCUGUUUUUAAAUAUUUAUAUAUGGGAAUGAACCCUGAAUAACACAGCCUUCCUUGGUAUCCUAGAAUUGGAGCCAGUUUUUAGCUUUGUAUUUUAGUAUUUCCGCAGCCAUAUGUGUUUUCUUAUGUCAGACCGAACUGUCUUCCGACACAAUUUCAGUUUACCUCCCUUUGCUGAGUGCUUUUGGACAGAGAUAAAGAGAAAGAGAGAAAAUGAGCAAACGAGUUUUGGUAAACUGGCACUAGCAGGAGUGUGCCAUGCCAUGGCAAGGUCGUUUCAGGCAUUUGCCUGGGACUCCAAAGGGGUGUAGCUCAAAGGAAAGGCCUUCUACCAGCUGAGUUUGUGGCCCCUGAAAACACAUUCCUGGUUACUCUAAAAGCUCUCUUGGCCACAGAGGCUCUGGAAAGCAUCCACAAUUGAGGGGCAGGAAGACAGAAAGUAGCUAAUGAUAACCUGGCCUCCCAUUCGUGACUACCUAUUGACACUUGUCAUCCUCUCGCUUCUGCUUCCAAAAGCAAGAUUGGAUCGCUCCAUUUUAUGGACACAGGACUCCCAGGUGCAACAGUUGUCAACACAGCACCCACAAUUUGCCCUGGCAUUGAAUGUGUUAUAAAUAACCAUGUUACCCAAGUAGGUUGCUAGCAUCAAAACAACCAAACAGCCUCUUAGCUACCUGACUUUAAAAGGAAUGUCCUAGAUGCUCCGUACAGGGAGAGUUAUCUGUCAUCUCUGGCUGACUUGACAGUAAUCAAUUACCUGGACAACCCUGCCCCAUGUCCCUUUAUAGUCAGUCAGGUGUUCCCUCACACACCCUGUGCUGAUGUUUUAACAAUUUGUCUCGUCGUACUCAAAUGUGCUUGGCAGCCACACUGUUCUGCUGGGUGCUGAACCACUUCCCUGUAACUGUAACCUCAAAAUGACAACAGCAGCAGCACAGUGAACCUUGCACAGUCCUACAGCAUGACUGAGACAAGACUCCAACUAGUGAUAAUUAGCUUUUUUCCUUUUGCUGCCUUCAGUAUUUUAUCUAAAGAGUUUCCCAAAGCAGAUGGAGAGGCCAUGAUGGAGAGGCCAUGUAGAGAAUCCAGACGUCAUUCAGAGCCAGUCCUUGCUGAAAGGUGGUCCUCUAACGGAAGCACCUGUAUUCUUAGGAGAAAAACUAUCAGACAGAAAAUAAUGCUAGGACAAGAGAGAAAGAGAAAAAUGAACCAUACUGAAGAACUUUGGGUUUUGUUUCUUUGUAUGAUUUUUUGCAUUUUUUUAGAAGGCUAGAUCUAGUUCUUAGUGGAGGGGGGAAAAGAACUAUCACAGAAAAAUUUCACCACUAAUAUUUUUAAAAAAUGAAAACAGCUUUCAAGGUAUAAUGCUAAAGAGAACAAAGGUUUGCUUGGUAUAGUCCUAGACCCAUGUGAAGGUAGCGAUUACCAGUCUGUCAAAACUUUCUUUAGUAUCAGAACCAGAGUACUGAUCAUCAGAAUAUCAGAAUUACUGGGAACAGGCCUGGAGAGGCUAAGACACUUCGCUCAACAUUUCAACAAAGUUGUCCAGACAGAUACCUGACAGCAGCUUCCUUGAGUAUCCAGAUGCCAGGGUCAACUUUGUACCUGUGAAUAGAGGUGCAUCUGAUGAUGCUAACGUAUAUAUGUAUUAGUAUGUGUUGUGUGUGUGGGGGGGGGGGGUGUAAAAUGCAUAUUACAUACGUAAGGAUCCAAACUCUCAUACAGAGACCCACAUAAGCUGGUGGUUGCUGAGCCUUUACAGCCUCUCUGAUUUGGAGGUUGAGAAUUAGAGAAACAAGGGAGGCUGUUGAUUGACUCUCAAAUGAUCAAAGAUGUAAAUUAAGUGCCAUUUAAAACUUUGUUCAUAUUUAUCAAAUGAUUACUAUCUGCAGCUGUGUUCUUUAUUAACUUAUUAUAAGCCAUGUUAAAAGAAAGCUCAAUCUCAUAAAUGCUUAGUAGCUAAUGCUAGGCUAGUGUUCAAAAGCACUCUAAAAGAUUUUUUGGAGAUGAAAAUAUUUGCAUGUAUAAUUCAUAAUUUUAGGCUACAUUUGAGUAUAUUGUAAAGUGCUGUGUGAUAUAUCAAUAAAGUAUUUAUAAAAUGGCACCUUAAUGUCUUUUAAAAAUCAUAAAUACUGCACUGUUUUAAACUUCAGUAUUAAAUAUUGACUGGUUUGUAAAACCCAAUUCCAUAAUUUAAAAAGUAAUCUGUGACUAGAAUAGAACUUUUUCCCUAUUAGUGAAACAGUUUUACCAUGUUCAGGCUUCUUUUUUUUUUAAAAUGUGCUUUUGCAUCACUGACUAUAUCUGUAAAAAAAUACAGUUCUGUUGAGUGGCCUCUGAAACUUGGCUUUCUUAUGUUUGGUUGGUUUAUGUGACAAUCCCUAUGAAAUGAGUGGAAGUAUGAUUUUUGAAUUAAAUGACUUUUCCAUUUGGUGGUA